AUGGAUGCCGAUAAAGUACCAACUAUCGUCGAGUCAUCCUUGACAAAUGGGGGCAAACGUACAGUUAUCGAUGCCGACCUAGCUCCUGGUGCCAAAGCUCCAUCGCAUUAUCAUACUGACUUUACCGAGACAUUCACCCUCGUCAGUGGUUCAAUGACCGUUUGGAGUUCAGAAGAUAUGAACGAGGAGAGCCUCAAGCCGAUCGAGCUCAAAGUGGGGAAGGCGGUCUCAGUUCCACCAAACACUCUUCACAAAUUCCUCGUGAACGAACAGUCACGGGUCCACGUCGUGAUGAGUCCCGGCACCAUUGGUUUCGAGAAGAUGAUUCUCAUAAUGCGCGGCACACAAGCCGACGGUGUUUACACUCAGUUCAGCUCGCCGGUGACCGAGAGUGGCGCAACAUUCUUUUCGGUACUUGGAGAUCUCACCAACACUCUGUAUAUCGGAGAAGCAAAGGCAAGAAUCGAUGCGUUGGUCGCUGCCAAAGGCUCGGAGAUUGAAACCGCAAAGCAGGAGCUCGUUGCCAAGUAUGCCUCUGACGAGCUUUUGAAAAAAGCUGCUGGGCUUUGA